ACUUUCCUACUUGAAUGCGUGGUAUGACCCAAGAACGACUGAGGCUACGUGUAUUCCUUUUGGAAAGAACCACAUUGACUGGUUUUUGAGUUCACAAUGCGCUUCUUGCUGACGAUUGCCUUGGCCGUAGGCGCUACCUGCGCCGCCAACACAAAGGGCUUCUUCAGCCGUGGUGACGAGGAGUGGUGUGACCCCGUGCUGGGCUGCCUCUAUCUCACCGAUGAGUGGUACUCUGACAUGCGACCCAUCAACGUCCUGCCCGCCUCGCGUGAGAGCAUCAACACUCGCUUCAUGCUGCACACUCGUGCUGACAGGGCUGCUGACCACGACGUGUUCGUCGUGGCAGGCGAUGCAUCAACCAUUGAGGCAUCAACUUUUGAUGCAUCAAAACCCACCAAGUUCAUCAUUCACGGCUUUAUAGACACAGGCAACACCUACUGGCUGCCGGAACUGGCAAACGCGUUCCUGGACUACAUGGACUGCAACGUGUUCCGCGUCAACUGGGGAGACGGAUCGCUGCCCAUGUACUCUCAAGCGGCAGCCAACACACGAGUGGUGGGCUUGGAAAUUGGUUACCUUGUGAACUGGCUCAUCGAUACGUACGGUGUUAAAGCCGCGGACGUUCACCUUCUGGGCCACUCGCUCGGUUCACACGUCUCUGGCUACGCAGGAGAGCAGAUACAAGGCCUAGGCCGUAUCAGUGGUUUGGAUCCAGCAGGCCCAUACUACACCAGCAUGCCUCCAGUCGUACGUCUAGACCCGACAGACGCUCUAUUCGUUGACAACAUCCACACCGACGCUGAUUCCAUAUUCCUGUUGGGGUACGGAACAGGACAGCCCAUGGGGCACCUGGACUUCUACCCAAACUCUGGACACGACCAGCCAGGAUGUGAUCCUAUCAGUAUAGCAAUCGAUGCCAUCACUCCAGACGAUGUGGGCGACAUACGAGACAUCGGCGCCUGCAGUCACUGCCGCUCCAUCUUCCUUUACGAAGCGACGCUGACCACAGACAACUGCGACUUCCUUGGCCACACCUGCUACAGCUACGACUCCUUCGAGCUGGGCGAGUGCAGAUCUUGUGGCGCCGACAACUCCAAGUGUGCUUACAUGGGCAUCCGCGCAGACGAAUACGUCAGCAAACAGAACAUCAACACGAUGGCCUACCUCGACACCGACGACGACGAGGAGCCUUUUUGCCUGGAACACUACGUGGUGACGCUCCUGACGGCGUACCCUGACGGGGCCGAGUCGUGGGUAGUGGGCCACCUGACAGCUACCCUCUACGGUGACACGGGCGCUGUGCUGAAGGACGUAAAAAUUUCCGAUGAACACCGCCGCAUCGACCACGGCCAAGAGACCUCAUUCUUGAUCGAAAGCCACGUCCAUCUGGGGACGAUCCUGCGCGCGGAGUUCACCUGGAAGUACGACGACCAGCUCCUGAGACCUGGCACCUACUGCUGGAGUCUUAUCUGCAACAGGAGUCUAUACGUGCAGUCCUUCGAGGUCUCGCCCAUCAAUUACUACCCCGAGAGCACGCGUCUACAGCACACUCAGCUGCUGUGCGCCAGUGGUGGUGCAGUCACGGAGAUCAAAGACGGCAAGACGGUGUCGGUGGCGCCCACGGGCUCGUGCACGCCUGUCGUCUGAGGGGAGAACUUAUCCCACCUGACAACUGAUGGUGAAUCAACGCUGAAUAUAUAGCAUUGAUGUCACUUAUUUGCUUAAAUCGAUAGUUAACUAAAAGUUUAAAAGCAUAUAAUAGGCCACAAUAAUUCAUAUCUUUGUAGAAAACGUUUCGGAGUCCAGCUCCAUCGUCAGUUUGUAGAAUCUAGAAUUAACAUACGUUUAACGAAGCAGCGUUAAACGUUGUUUCAACGAUAUUACCCUGCUGCGGUGUACUAGAACCUGCCAAUACUCUUAAAUGCCAGCCAUAAACUCGUUUAUACCAGUCAAUAAUCGUUUAUACCAGUCAAUACUUGUCUAUACAACCCAAUAAUAGUUUAUGCCAGCCAAUAAAAACUAGUUCGUGAUUUGCAGCGUCAACCUUGAUUAUUAAAAUGUGAAGAAAUAAAAUUAUGUUAAUGUUUUUUCAUUGUAAGAUUA